AUGAACUCUGCUCUUAAAUUCAUUUAAGGUUCGACAAUAAUUGGAAGCUCUUUCUUAAUUAUGAAUCAGUUAAGGUAGAAGGGCAAUAGCCAAGCCUAGGCUGAAGGAAAUUAAACUGGUAGUAAUUCAAAAAAUCAUUUCUUUGGUGCUUAUUCCAACAUUCCACAUAUUGAAAAAAGACACAGAGGUGGAGAAGAUGCUUGGAUCAUUAGUUCAAAUUUGUUAGCCGUUGCUGAUGGAGUUGGUGGAUGGAACAGAAAAGGAGUUGAUCCUGGUAUUUUUGCAAGAGAAUUAUGUUCCCAUGUUACACAGGUUUUUUAAGAGCAUAGAAAUGGAACUGAUGGCUAGAAUGCUAAAAGAAUAGUAGACAUCAAUUUGACCGAAGUACUAGUUGAAGGAGUAAAAAGAACUAAGGCAAUGGGGACUAGUACAUUUGUCUUAGCUUCAAUUGACGAUGACGGGGAAAGUAAAAUUUAAGGAUUAAAUCUAGGGGAUUCAGCUUAUAUGAUAGUGAGACCAGAUCCUCAUUAGGAGUAAGGAUUUGAACUUAUAUUCAGAUCAAAGGAGCAGCAAUAUAGAUUUAAUUACCCCUAUUAGUGCGGUACUAACUAUGAUCCUCCUCACCAUGCAGAUAGACAAGAGCAUGAUAUCAAGCAUAAUGAUGUCGUCAUCUUAGGAACUGAUGGAGUUUUCGAUAACUUGUUUCAUGAUUAGAUAUUCUAAUGUCUUAAACCAGAAAUCAACUACAGCAAUCCAGAUCACCCAAUAAAUCAUUUCAACAUGACUGACCCCUAAUCUGCAAGCAAUUGCAUUGCUAAUACUGCUGAGAAGUUUAGUUAUGAUAAAACUUGGGAUAGUCCAUUUUCAAAAGGAGCAAGAGCUGCAGGUAGAAAUAGAGAAACUGGAGGAAAAGAUGAUGAUAUUACUGUGAUAGUUGCUUAAAUUAAGCUUCCUAAGAUCUUUUGA